AUGUUAGGGAUUGGCGUUCGACGCCGACUUGACAUGUUUGUAGCUAAUGCUGUACAGAAUGUAGAAGAUGACCAGUUCGAUGCUAUCGAUGAGCUUCAAAUUGAAAGUAGCGUGAAUCUGACUGAUGAACAACGGGCCGCUGUGGAGGUUCUGAUUGAGAAGGCCGUAAUAAUUAGUUUUCCUGCAGAUAUGGUACCAGCACUUCGAAGAAUGGCUACGCAGUUCGAUAUAUGGCGGUUGAGGCUGGGUGAUGACCCACCUGCGCGGAAGUAUCCGCCAGAAGUAAGACAAUUUUCGGACGAAGCACCUAGAGUCGAUGGGCGUGCCCCGUUAUUCCGGUGCGCGAGCGUGGUGUCGAGUUUCGACAGACGGUAG